AGAGUCGCAUACAUCUUAUUGACUUGACCAGAAUCCCCUUCCGUCUCCUCCCAUCUCGUCAACGGCGCAAUAACAAUCUCCACCGCCCCAAGGGGCGCUCCUGACAUUCCCUUGGUGCCCAGACUAUGGGGCCGGAGUGUGACUUGAUCUUGGAGCCUAGGUACCCUCAUCUCAACUCAUUCCUCCACGCCCGCCACAUCCGCCACCAUGUCCAAAAUCGACAAGCUGUCCAUUAUCGGCAUCCGGUCCUUUGGACACGUUGACCGCCAGAAUAUCGCCUUCUUCACUCCACUCACCCUUAUCGUUGGCUAUAACGGUUCCGGCAAGACAACCAUUAUCGAGUGUCUGAAAUAUGCAACCACCGGCGAAUUACCCCCGAACAGCAAGGGCGGAGCCUUCAUUCACGACCCAAAGCUUGCGGGCGAGCGCGAGGUUUCCGCCCAGGUUAAGCUCCGAUACGAUGUCCCGCCCAACACUAGCUAUGUCGUCACUCGGAGCCUACAGCUCACGAUGAAGAAGACCGCGAGAACCCAAAAGACUCUCGACGCCACCCUGGCCAGCAACUGUGACGGGGAGAAGAGCUCUGUCUCAUCUAAAGAAGCAAAUUUGAAUAAGCUUAUUUCCGACACGCUUGGAGUUUCGCCCGCGAUUCUCGAUGCUGUCAUCUUCUGCCACCAGGAAGAAUCUCUAUGGCCGAUGAGUGAGCCCGCUGCCUUGAAGAAGCGAUUCGACGAGAUAUUCGAGGCAAUGAAAUACACAAAAGCUAUCGAGAACCUCAAGGUGCUUCGGAAGAAACAGGGCGAGACAUUGGCGAGGCUCAAGACGAAAGAAAUCGGCGAUAAACAGAAUAAAGAUAAGGCCGAGAAAUGUGAGGUGCGAUGUAGGGAGUUAGAGGCGGAGAUCGAAGCUCUUAGAACGGAGGCAGAAGGUCUCCACGUUCAGGUAGAAGAGGCUGCAAAGAAGGCUAAAGAGCGCCGUGAAUCGGCCAACAGUUACCUCGGCAUCCAUAAUGAGUUGCAAAUGAAGAAAGAGGAGCUUCGCCUUCGUACAAUCUCUCUCGAGGAGUCCAGGGGCAGAAUGGACCAAGAGCUAAGUGAGUCGGACAGCUGGCUACAAGAUGCACUUUCCAAGUACGAAGAGCAUGUCGCACGAUAUGAGCAAGACAUCGAGGAGAACAUAUCCCAGUACAAGGAGUACAAGGAUAGCCUUGAUGAAUACCGCCAGCAACAUUCUGAGAAGCUAGCUGAGCGAGGUAGACAUGAGUCCGACAAGGCAAAGUACGAACGUCAGCUUAAGUCGCGGAUUCACCUUGUACAACAAGCAGCACAACUCCACAGUAUCCGCGGGUUUGACGGUGACUUAGAUGACCAAAAAGUGCAAUCGUUUUAUGACCGCAUACAAAGGCUCUUAGUAGAGAAGAAACAAGAACUAGAUCGUCUGCAGGCCCAGAACGCGAGCGAAACGGAUAACCAGACGGCUGCCAUAACCGAGCUGGAGGGCCAGAAAUCGCGACAUACCCAGGAUCGUGUGUUCGCGAAACAAAGGAUCACAGCUUGUGAGAAGAGCAUUGCAGCCCUCCAGAGGGAUCUUAACGCAGUGGAGAUUGACGAAGGGGCCAAAGCCAUACUUGAAUCUGAAUCCAAAGACCUAGAGUCGCGCUUCCAGCAGGCAUCUCAAGAUUUACAGAACGCAGACUUUGACCGCAAGUUGCAGCAGGAAGAACUACACCUACAGCAACUCGAAGGUGAAAGUAGUAGACUUGGCCGUGAGCUUGUAGAAUCUACGAGGCUUCUCUCUGAUCGAGCGCAGCUAGAGGUUCGUAAAGAGGAAUUGAUGGAGAAGAAUCGAAGGCUCGUCACACUACAGAGCACCUGGAACGAAAAGCUGACCUCGCUACUUGGUGGAGCCUGGGACCCUGCAACAGUUGAGAAAGAGUUUCACAAAGGCUUACAAGUCAAGAACCAGGCUCUUGACGAAGCCUCCCGGAAACGUGAUGAUACAUUGCAGCAGCUCAAAACCGUACAGACAAACUUGACAAGCAUCAAGGAGCGGAAUAGAAAACGUGAUACAGAAUCCACAAGAUGCAAGAACAUUGUGGUUGGGGCACUUAAGAAUGUCGACCCAGACGCAGACUUGGGUGUUGACGCCCUUCCAACGGAGAUUGAGCGUCUCGAAAGCGAUAUCGUAACACUAAAAAACGAUUUAUCGCUGUCUACGGAGAUGAGCAAGUAUUAUGCCAGCUGCAGAAAAACUAUGAAUGAAAAGAACAAAUGCGAGCUUUGCGAGCGUCCCUUUGCUAAUGCGAACGAUAAAUCGAGGUUGGCCGCCAAGAUUCGAUCCGUACUUGAGCAAUUUGGGAAGACUGAGCUGGAGGUCGAGUUGAAAGAAUCUGAGCAGCUGUUGAGUCAACUUCGAGCCGCCCGGCCUCAGAGCGAGACAUACAUACGCCUGCUCGCGGAAAAAAAGGAAUCCGAAAAGGAACUGCAAGAUGUUCUGAACAAGGAAGCUAGCACUCUUCGCAUCUUGGAGGGCAUGGAUGACACUGUUCGGGCGAAGCAAGAAGAGCGCCAGGAUUUUGAAUCAAUGAGCAAGACCGUCCUUAACAUUUCGCAUACCCACAAGGACAUCAUGGAAGCCGAGGCCCAAGUCGACCGAAUCACGUCCCAGCAGCAAUCUAGUGGUACUAUUAGAACCACCCAGGAGAUCACCGAACUACAGACCGAAUGCGGAGAGAAAUUAAAGGUCGUAAAGAACAAGAUAACCAAGUUGUCAAAUGAGAAGCAGCGUUUGCGAGAUACAGUGAAUAUGUUAGAAUUAGAGCGAAGCGAGUUACGAAACAAGCUGAGCGAUGCUGUUCGACAGCUUGAAAGGAAGACAGGGUAUCAAACCCAGAUUCAGGGGCAGAAAACUGAUAUCGCGAAGCAGAGAGAAAUUAUCCAGGACGCCGACAAAGACUUGGAAUCUGUGGAGCCUGAAAUCUCGAAAGCACGAGCCAUCAGAGAUGACAUAUUACAAAGAGGCCGUAACAAGGAGAAGAAAGUCGCUGGCGAGCGGGAUGGCCUUGCGGGUUCUGUGAGUGAGCUGAAGAUGAUCGACAUUGAUAUCCAGGAUUACCUGAGACGUGGUGGCCCAUCAAACCUCAACCUCAACGAACAAGCAAUUCAAGCACUUGAGAGAACCAUCAAGCGUACCGAUGAAGACAUGGUUGCUUUGGUUGCGCGGGCCAACAAGAUGAAGGAAGAUAUGGCGAGUAGCGACAAGAAGAAGAAUAAUAUUAAAGAGAAUUUGACCCAUCGCAAAGCAGCACGUGACGUCGACACACUCCAGGGCAAAGUUGUGGAGUUGGAAUCUCGAAGAGCCGAAGAAGAUUACGAGCGACUCAAAGCGGAGGCUGAACGGUUCGACUCCGUGAGUCAUAUGAAAAAUGCUGAACGAGGUGCCGUCAUGGGAGCUAUGAAAUCUAAGGACGAGGAACUGGUAAAGUUGUUGCGGGAGUGGGACCUUGAGUACGAGAACGCUGCUCAAACGUACCGCGAGACACAUAUCAAGGUUGAGACUACCAAGGCGGCCAUUGAGGACCUCGGUCGAUACAGCACGGCACUGAAUAAUGCCAUUAUGCAGUAUCACGCCAUGAAAAUGGAGGAAGUAAACCGGAUUGCUGGCGAGUUGUGGCAGAGCACCUAUCAAGGGACAGACAUCGACACGAUCUUGAUUCGGUCAGAUAGCGAGGCCACGAAUGGGCGAAGUUCAUACAACUACCGUGUCUGCAUGGUGAAACAGGAUACGGAGAUGGACAUGCGAGGACGGUGCUCGGCUGGUCAGAAAGUGCUUGCCUCUAUUAUUAUACGUCUAGCACUCGCCGAGUCAUUUGGUAUUGGGUGUGGGCUCAUUGCCCUCGACGAGCCCACGACUAAUCUGGAUCGUGACAACAUCAAGUCACUGGCCGAAUCGCUGCAUUCUAUCAUCAAGGCCCGUCGUGUGCAGAGAAAUUUCCAGCUCAUUGUCAUCACACACGACGAAGAUUUCCUCCGACAUAUGCGUUGCUCGGAAUUCUGCGAUGAUUUUUGGCGUGUCAGCCGUGACGAGAAGCAAAAUAGUCGCAUCGAGCGAGAAAGCAUUGCCACCAUUGUUUAAGCGUCGCUUAUUCAUCGAUCGUAGGUUCAGGGUGUGGGUGUAAUUGAUCAGGACGAUCUAGAUCUGAUUUAGCCUGGGUUUUAGGAGGGAUAUAGCGAGGCGUUUUCUAUCAGAGGCUUUCCCCCCUAUCUUUGACGAUCGUUGCCUUGCAA